GAAUUUGCUUCAAGGUGAUGACUUCUACAGGAUAAGGCUCCCAUCUAAUGUUCUAAGUCCUCCUGGGAGGGAUUAUAUUAUCUCAUUAGUGAAAGCAAGAUGUCUUCCAUGGGAGGGUUUGGACAAGCAUUUUAUCACACAUGGAAUGUGUAAAUAUCUUGGCAGUCAAUUAUGGGUCCCCAGGGGCAUGUUCAUAUCCUCGGCAGUUGAAAUUUGGCACAGGAUAGACAAAUCCCAUGAUUAAGGUAAACCUUCCUCAUAUCCAAGGCCUCUUGGUAGCAAGGGGUAUUCGUAGAGAGUCGAGAGCGAAACAUGACAGUUUGGUUUCAACAUGUAAUUGGGCACAGGUCAUGCAAUGCCUAUGAAAAUCAACAACAUCCCCAAAGCUAUGGAACUCACAUGGUAGAAGAACUAUAGCAAUACGAUGGUGGAGUCUAAUUCCCUGUUGUCAGUGCAAAAGAUCAACCAUGGUGCAACUUGUUUUGACCCAUAUGAAAGUUUAAUCAACAAAUGUCUAACCUUCCUCUAGGAAAAUUAGUAUUGUGAAUUUUAACAUGGUUUUUAAGAAUUUGGUACGUGCGGCUACUAUUAUUUCAUGAUUCUUACCAUUUGGGCAUGAGUUUGGCAUUGUUUUAUUGAAUCACCUAUAAAUGUUACAUAAGGAA